AAAUGCACUUUGAAAUUCAAACCCGUAAUCCCUCCAUCCCUGCGGUAACACGGUCAUAGUGUACAAAAUAAAAUGCCGGCGUAUUAUUAAAAAUAUUCAAUCGCCGGUCAGCCCUUGAUUCUUCUUUAGCGCUAGCUUAAUUGUUAAAGGCCCAAAACAUAGAGGAAAGAUGAUCAGUGAUAGGGAAGAAGCAACGUCCGAGGAUUCUUCAUCUCCGCAAAUACUGGAGCAGCAGUGGAUCGAGGUUCAAGAUUCACUGCGAAGAAGGUUGGUUGCGGAAGACGAUUUCGCAUGGCGAUUACCCACAGCCUUGUCCCCGGCCAUGGCGGCUCCAGUCAAAGCUGGAGAAGAGUAUUUGAAGUAUGUGGGUGGCGUUGAUGUGAGCUAUUCCAAGGAUGAUCCGUCCGUCGCUUGUGCUGCCCUUGUUGUUUUGGAUCUUCAAACUCUGGAGGUUGUCUAUGUUGAUUACUCUGUUUCCGAUCUCCGAGUCCCAUACGUACCUGGCUUCCUGGCUUUCAGAGAGGCUCCAAUUCUUCUAGAGCUUUUGGAGAAAAUGAAGAGUGAUGCUCAUCCUUAUUACCCGCAGUUGUUAAUGGUUGAUGGCAAUGGGUUACUUCAUCCUCGAGGGUUUGGUUUGGCUUGUCAUCUGGGGGUUCUGGCCAAUCUUCCUACAAUUGGGAUUGGAAAGAAUUUGCAUCAUGUGGAUGGUCUUACCAAAUAUGGAGUGAGACAACUGCUUGAAGCCAAAGAAAGCUGUAGUGAAGAUAUUGUUAUUUUAACUGGAAACACUGGGCAGACAUUUGGAGCAGCAAUGCGAUUAGCAGAGGGCUCACUGAAGCCCAUAUUUGUAUCAAUUGGUCAUCGUAUAUCACUUUCUACAGCUAUUACAGUUGUAAAAGUCGCUUGCAAGUAUCGUGUGCCAGAGCCCAUACGGCAGGCUGAUAUAAGAUCAAGAGAUUGCCUCCAGAAGCAUCUACGGCUUUGUUAACCCGUGUGUUCAAUGCCACGCUCUCCCACGGACGCAGACAGAAGUAUAAGAGGGCAGGAACAUCUUGCAAACAUGCUUUUGAAGUUGUAUAAAAAUGUGACUUGAUGCACAAAGAAUGUAGGUGUAUAUGUCAUUGGUUUGCAUUUUGUAUAAUAGAGAGCAGGGAUAUUAAAGGGAGAUUGCUACAGUCAAGCACAAUCAAAUAAGUGUCCUUGUAUCCUUCAGGCCCAUGAUGUUUCCAUGAUCAUUACCUUGUGUUCAAUUCCAUGCCUAGAAAACAACACAAUCUGGAGUGAGGUUCUUAUUUGUUGUAUGCUCCUGCUGCUGUAUAAGAAUAAAGUGUAUAAGCCGUAAAGCUGCAUUUCAGAGUGGAUUUUGGACCUUAAA